GAACUGGAAAGUCCUCCGCCCCCUUCCCCAUAUCAUCUCAAAUGAAAGCAGUUCCGUAUUCUGAGCCGCUAUUACUACCAUCACUUUCAACAUCCCAAAUUCGUUCAAGUCUGUUUGUAAAAAUCAAAACGCAUCAUCAACAUGGACCCAUGAUGUGUAGAAGGUCCGUCUUAGAGACAUGUUCAAUUGCCCAUGAUGUCAUGAAGGAAGAGAAGGCCAGGGGCCCUUCAGCAGAAUACUGCAGUUGAGCCACAGAGUGGUUGAAACUGCAUUCCACUUCAUCCUUUCACCAUUUGUUUUUCCUUCAUCCCUCCUUUGGUAACUUGACAAUGACAUCACAUAGGAAACACCUGGUGAGGGACUUCAACCAUUUCAUCACCUGUUAUAUCUGUAAAGGGUACUUGAUCAAGCCCACCACCGUGACAGAGUGCCUGCACACCUUUUGUAAAAGCUGCAUCGUCCAGCAUUUUGAGGACAGCAAUGAUUGCCCAAGAUGUGGUAUCCAGGUUCAUGAAACGAAUCCCUUGGAGAUGUUAAGGCUGGACAACACUCUAGAAGAAGUCAUUUUCAAACUUGUGCCUGGUCUUAGAGAAAAGGAACAACAGCAAGAGGUUGAAUUCUGGAGAAGAAACAAAUCGAAAGAAAGUCUAGAUGAGGAUGGCCCUAUACGUAAGAAGGCCCGAUUGGAUGAAGAGGAUGAUGUUAAAGGUGAUGGAGACUACCACAGGAGUGAUCCGCAGAUAGCCAUCUGUCUAGACUGCCUGCGUAACAAUGGGCAGAUGGGGGAGAACAUUGUUAAGGGCUUAAUGAAAAAAUUUAUUCGCUGCUCAACAAGAGUGACUGUUGGAACAAUCAAGAAGUUUUUAAGUCUGAAGUUAAAGCUUCCCAGUUCUUAUGAGCUAGAUGUUCUAUGCAAUGGUGAGAUCAUGGGUAAAGACCACACCAUGGAAUUCAUCUACAUGACCCGCUGGAGGCUUCGGGGAGAAAAUGGCUACCCAAUGGUACUUGAAUAUCGACCACGCAUUGACUUUGGCUAGGUUGAAAUUUCCUGCACUAAUUUCAGCCGAUCAACAGACAGUGAACUGAAUGGGCUUGUCCAGUUCUGAAGAAAUACUCUAUCCAUCUCUUCAUUUUGAUUACUUUAGCUCUCUUUAUUGGGAACAGUUAGUGCACUGAAGCUUGUGACACUUACCAUGUGCCACAGGUAUUUGUGAUUUGUUUCUCUUCCCAUGUUGUGGUUUAUUUACCAAAGUGACAAGAGCCUUCAGCAAUUUGCAUAUGAUGGUAUCUCCCUUUGAAAAAUAAAAAAUAAAAAUGUCACAUGAUAUAAAAAUCUGCCUUUUCCCAUACAUCAUUUUUUGAAGAGCUUCUGUGGAUGGCUGUUUUAUAAAGAUUUAUAAAGAGGUGUUUUCAAAGAUUUUUUCCUUUUGUGUUUCACAGAAGGAACAAAGUCCAUACAGGUUUUGAAAAACAUGAGGAUGAGUAAAUGAUGACAGAAUGUUUGUAUAUAGUGAUUUAAUAUUCUAAGUAUCCUGAUGUUUAAAGCUUUGGGCUUGUUCAGAGCCUGCAACAUCCCUUAAGGGUUUUAAGUUGGCCUGUUUUUGAUUUUUCCCACUUAAGGGAUUUUAUUUAUUAUAGGCCAUACCUCUGUGCUCACACAAAUGCCUUUUCUUUUGAUAGUUUUGGUGACGUCUUUGCACAUGUGCCUCAUUUAAAAAAAAAUAAAGGUGAAGUUAACUUGGCUAAACACACUGAAUAGAGGUUUUACAGUGUCAUCACUUCCCUGGCAUUCUAAUUGAGAAAAUAAUUGAGCUUUAUGAUCAUUGUGUCAUUAUUUUAGUUUAUAGUUGACAGGCAAUGAUUUAAAAACUUUCUCACAAUUUGUAAUUCUCUAGCUUUCCCCCCAAAAAUUAUAGUAAAUGGGUAUAAUGUUCAUGACUGCUGUAUUGAAUUGAGUAAUGCUUGCCUGUUUUAUGUCAGAAUAGAAUUUUAUGUUAGUAAAUCCUGAAUCAAGUAGUCCAAAGAAAGAAAUGACAAAGUAAAAGAAGGUAUUCAUAGUUUAUUCUUGCAAAAUAGAAUUAAAGCAUUUGCUUGACCACAUGCACAGGCUUCAUUAAAGUAUGUUAAUCUAGUCAUAUUACACAAAAAACACUCUACAUCAUCUGACCACAUGGGAAACAUUCUAAAAACAGUUUUUCUUACUAUACUUACAACAGAGGCCAUGUGGCAAAAAUAAGGCUUGAAUUUCUGUGCAUGGAACAAAACUACCUAAUUUCUCAGAGUUUUAUAUUUUCCCCUCCAGUACUCAGUGACACAUUUGUGCAUUUCUUUUAACGUCUUCACAAAUGUCACUGAAAAAUGACUUCUGAUAGAAAUCUUAAGCAACAAUCAAGGUCCUUCAAAAAUAGAAAAUAUUAUUUUGCUAUUGUUUUCACAUUAAAGAAGUUGACUUUAAAGUAUUGUGUUUAAUUGGAAGCCGAAUAAUAUGUGUUUAGAUAAACCCUUGAAUGUUCUUGUGCUACAAUGAUCAAUAUGUAUUUUUGUAAGGAGCCCUUGUAGAUAUUUUAUCUUUAAAAAUGGAAAUGUAUGUUGUAUGUUUGACAAAAAUCAAAUGCUGCUUAGAAUAAUCUAUUCUAUUUUUCAAUGUAAAGUCCCUAAGGUGAUUUCUAUAGAAAUGUAUAUAACAUAUGACAGUUAAUGUAUUUGUGUGACUUUGUUCAGAAGAAAAAUACACUCAUAAAUAUUGAUGUAAUUGCGUGUGUCA